CUACGAUCUCUCUCCUCUUUCUCUCUCUCUCUCUAGAGCUUUUCUUCCAGCAGUGUUUUCAGGAUGAUGAUGCGAAACUGAUUUAGUGGGCUAAAUUAUAAAGAAAAUAAAUCAAUAAAAGAAAAAGAAAUACAUGCGCCUAUGAUCAUAACCAGUCAUUUUCGUUUUGUUUCUUCUUUUUCUUUCAUGUUAUGUUGGGGGCUUUGGUUUUAACAUUGUGUUUUGGGCUUUAUUGUCAUGAUAACCCUUGUCUUGUUCUUACAACUUGAAUCUUUUUCUGAGUGAGUAUAUAUAUACAUAUACAUACAUAAAUAUAUAUAUAUUGAUAGAUACCUUUGAAGAUAAAAGUGAAAACAGAGGAGGGGAAAAUACAAAGUUUCUGGUUCUGGUUCUGGUGUCUGCUGUCUGGUGCAUGCAUGUCUUUUCCUCCGAUCAUGACUAGUGAGUGAGGCUGCUCCGUUUAUGUGUCGAUUCUGAGACCAGGGAUUCUUUCUUGCUCAGAGAAUUAAAGGAAAAGAAGAGCGAGAAAGUCGGGGGAAAAGUUGUUCUUUAAAAAAGAAAAAGAAAGUUUUAUUGGUUUUUCUCUGUUGUUGUCAAAAAUGGAGGUUACUGAGGUCUAGCAAAGAGAGUUUUUUUUAUUAAAUCGAAAUUUUGCUGGGGUGUCUGGUUUAUCUCAGAAUGUUAGAUUUGCAUAUUAUUGUACCUCAAUCGUUUCAUCCACCAUUCUUUAACACAAGUAGUAACUGUAAAAAAUCCCAACUUUGGAGCUCGAAGGUGUCAUCCAUGGCGGUUUCAGGUUGAAAAGACUCGACCCUUUUCAUUCCAGUUUCUAGUUAUGCUUAGGAAGAGAGCUGGAGCCACUACAACCACUAAGCAAGCUCUAAUGGCGGAUUAUACAGCUCUACCUUCUCCUACUGAAAAUUACAGAAAGCCCAUUUCGUCUCUCUUUCGUUCUCCAAGCCUUUUCACGAGUUUCACUUCUUCUUUAUCAAAAGGCUUCUCUGAAACAGAAGCUGUAUUAAGCCCAACCUCCAUACUUGAAAGCAGUAAACCUUUCUCUAAUAAUCUAAAGAACCCCUUUUGUUCUGAGUCAAAAAUCAAUAACCCCAAAUCUCCAGACCACGAAACCAAACAUCCCUGGGACAAACUAGGCGCCAAAGGAAUCGGUCUCGGCAUUGUGGAUGCUCUCAACGACGAGAAACCGGGUCACAAGCUAUCGAAGCCCGAGACCCGAAUGGUCCAGUUCGGGUCAUAUCUCAAGAUCCAAAUACCACCUUUGUCACCUUCUUCUUCAGUGCUUUCCCCAGCUGAUUCUCCGAAAUCUCCAGGCGAUUUCGGAAUCAAGACUCGGAAUUCCCAACCGGGCUUUUCUCCUUUUGGAAAAUCAGCAAUUGGGUCUACAAAUUUGGGGGUUGAAACUCCGAAUCCGAAUUCUCCUCGGGUCUUUACUGGGUCUCUGCCUAGUCCUGAGAUGGAGCUCUCUGAGGAUUAUACUUGUGUAAUCACCCAUGGACCAAACCCUAGAACCACUCAUAUCUUUGAUAAUUGCAUUGUGGAAAGCCCUGGUGGCACUUUGGGGUUCUCUUCAACUAAAAAAGAUGAUCACACAAUUAGCUAUCCUUCACAGAAUUUUCUCAGCUUUUGUUAUACAUGCAAGAAGAAUCUUGGCCCAGGAAAAGAUAUUUACAUGUACAGGGGUGAGAAAGCUUUUUGUAGCCAUGAAUGUCGAUAUGAGGAGAUGGUGUUGGAAGAAGGAGCUGAGAAUAAAUUGGAUUAUGAUAGUGUUUAAGCCAAUUGCAUCUAAAUAAUAGCUCUCUCCCUCCCUCUCUCUCUCUCUCUCUCUCUCUUAUAUAUAUAUGUGUGUGUGUGUGUGCCAUCAAUCGGGUUUUGCUUCAAAGAGCCGUGAAUCUAGCUAACUUGGCAACUUGAAGAGUACUUGUCAAGCUCAUAUGAUCGAUUUAUAUAUAUGACUUCAAUGGCAGAUUAGUAUAGAAGUAAAGAUGGUAAUGAUUUUCUAUAUGGAAAAUUGGAGAGAAAAAAAAAAAAAAAAACGAUAGGGCUAUUUUUCAUCUUUUUUUAUUUUUAUUUUUUUACUUUUUUGGGGCUUUAGUACGUUCAUUUACUCUCCCCUACAAGGGUAGUGAAAAAAGGCUGGGAUAAGUAUUUUGUAGAGUUUGGUUUUUGUUGAAUACUUUAAUUUGAUGAGUAGCAGUACACAGUUUUUGGGUUUUAAAGUUUUGUUAUAAUGAUCUCGACUAAAGCUGACA